GGAUCAAAGCGCCGCAGAUAAUCAAAUAAAGACAUUUGUUUCAUCACGUGAAUAAUCAUAGCGUCACGUCACGUGACAGUGUUUUUAGUCAUGGCCGACGACUGCAGACGACAGGGGUUUGAGCUGGAGAGAAGGAUUUUUGAGUUGGACAAUAAGUGCGCCAGUCUCAGAACUGAGAAACAAGGUAGGCGUACACACAGUUACAGCGAUAAUUUGUCAAGAAAGGUAAUCUCGCGUUGAUGCACACCGUGUUCAGUUGAAAUCUAUUUUCAGCUAACUUAGCUACAUUAGCUAGCGCUACCUAGUUAGUGCCAUACACUUUACCAUUGUAGCUAGCUACGAACCUAACGUAGCAGGCGUAAAAAGACCGCGUUACCUCGUUGGUAACCUUGGCUUUGCAACAACAGUAAACCAUAGUUAUGACCCAAAGCAUAAAUUCGCUAGAUAACUAGCUAGGUAGGUUUGCUGGGCUAAGUAGCUAACGUUAUUUAGCUAGUUAGCUUUAGCGAGCUAGCUUGGUAGCUAAUUCUGUGGUAGGUAGUUAGGUAACGUAUAGCGAGCUAGCUAACUUAGCUAGCGUUAAUGUGUCGACAAAGAUACGGUCGAGCUAUGAUCCAUUUAUCAUUUUACUUUUCGACACAUUCAAUGCAGAACUAGUAUUGUAGCUAUAUUGCACAAUGCCCUUUGGAACGUUAGUUUAGCUAACAACUUCAACACAAUCCAUCGACUUGCCACAACCGAACAGCAAAGUUCUUCUGUCAGUCAGAUCUGCUGAAACAGGAGAGAAACCUCUAGUUAGUUAGCUAACGUUAACUAGUUGGCCGCAGACACCGUGCACACCAACCCGGGCCCUACCCAACGUUAGUGGUUCACGCUGUUGCAACAAUGUUGCUAACUAGGCUAUUCUGGAAUCUUGUUAUGUUGCAUGUAUUAGUUAGCCUAACAAGGUUUAUGCAUUCCACUUUGUGUAGUUUGGGUUCACGGCCAACUAUUAUCUUCCAAUUUAACUUACUACUAUCUCUCUCUGACUCUGCGUGUUACAAGUGAUUUCGACACUAGGUACUGCAUACACUACAUAUUCUGGUGCAAUACAAGAGAUGUCGCUAAACGAAUGUUUGAUAUGUGAUACAACUAAUACUUAGUCUCUAGUCUACAGUGUCAUAAUAGUGUGUACAAUGGUGGACAUAGGCUAUGUUCUUUACUGACUAACUCAAGGGGGCAGUUCCUUACAUUUUAUGCCAUAAUGCCACUCUGUGAAACGACAUUGUAAAGUCAUAGAUAUGAUCAGUGUUUAUGAUAACUAACACUUUAAUUGAUACAUUAAACUCUGAAAACAUGAGAUGCACUGUUUAGAUAUAGGCCUGUAAUACGUACUUAACAUAAUUUAUUUUCUCCUAGAUGAUGACUAUUUACAGAAUGCUUCUGCGAUACUAGACAAGUUGAAAAGCUUUUACAGACAAGGGGGAGAGAGUAGCAGUCUGCCUAAACUGCUUCAGGAUUACACUCAGGUAUUGUAGUUCAUUAAAUAUAACUGUUCUGGAUAGAUUCUGGACAAAAUGUUUUAGGAUUCAUGUUACCAUUCAAUUUCCCUUCAUAUCUGAUAAAGGAAAGUGUUACUAUUCUGUUUUGGGGAAAUAUAUGGCACGCUCAGGCUGGAUCACAAGGCUAGCAAAUUCCCCCAAAUGUCUCUGUCCGAGCAGAAUAUUCCACCUGCUGUUUGAAAUAGGAUGACGGUACUCUAUUGUAUUAAGUUGUUGAUGUCAUCCAAUGACAUGAGCUUAAAUUAGCCUGAAGGUGUGAGAGUGCAGACACACUUGUCUGUCCUUGAUGCUGGAAGUUUCAACUGACCAGUAUCUGACUGGCUCUAUUCACACAUUUUUAAGUGCAUCAUUCCUCACUUCCUUGAAGCAACUCAAUCACUGAUCUGUUAGUGAAUGCAAUGUUUUCAUCCUUUCACCUGUCAGACCAUAGAAGAUCAGUGACUACUUUAAAAGAUGAAAGGACAGAAGGAUGCAAUUCUAAAAAGUAGUGGAACUAGGCCACAAAUAUGGAAAUCUAGAUGAGUUCAAAAGAUUUGAAUGCUAACUUCAAAGUGCAGUGAUAAACCGUGACUUGUUGACGCAUUUGCUACUGACAACAUUCCAACCCACGGUCUGUCUGAGUUAUCCACAUCAUCCCUACCCACCAUAGCAGAGUUAGACAUAGGCUGGUGACGAGAGACAAAGAUACAUUUCCUUGCGUCCUUUGCCUUGUUGAUGGAAGAAUUGGCCGACAGCCUGUGGACAAAUCUAGCCACUACAAAAAGUCUGCAGGUGGCACGUGAUACCUGUCAUAAAUGUUAGCCAAAAAUAGAUACAUUAAUGUGGUGAAUGAGAUCACCAGACCUCAAUGGAUGAAUUGCAAAACUAUAAUUGUCAAAUCAAAUGUAUUUGUGUUUAAAGUAAAGAACAAGACUAAAGUGUGUGUAUUGUUUUUUGUGUGUAGGUGAUCCUGGACAUCACGUUCUAUGAGGAGAACAAGCUGGUGGACCAGGAGUUUCCAGAGGACUGCUCACCCUUUAAGAUCCAACAGUUGCUGCAGGACCUCACAGAGCCAGAAGUGUUGGCAGGGAGGCUGGCACCGGCCCAAGAGGUGUGUGUGUGCAUGCAAGAGAUAUUCAGCCCUUCAUGAAGGGCAAUGCAAGUGCUCAAUUGGUAGAGCAUGGCGCUUGUAACGCCAGGGUAGUGGGUUCGAUCCCCGGGACCACCCAUACGUAAAAAUGUAUGCACGCAUGACUGUAAGUCGCUUUGGAUAAAAGCGUCUGCUAAAUGGCAUAUUAUAUUAUUAUUAUAUUAAGGACCUCGUAUGCACAGAGUAUUUUGUUCACUACAAGAAAAUAGUAACUUUACACUGGUGCUCUCUCACACACACACCUAUUGUUUACUGUAUUGUUAAGACAGCUCUCCCUGUUCCAGGUGCAGUCAGUGCUGGGGCUAGAGGUGUUAGAGUGCCUCUACUGGAGACGUGGAGCACUGCUCUACAUGUACUGCCACACCCUCCACCAACGCAAGCAGUGGAUCAAGAAGAACAAGGCCACUUUCCUCAAGGUAGGGCCGCCUCCACUCAUUUGGCCAACUUCUAACUUGAUAUAGCAAGCAUAACUUGAAUUGCUGUGCCCCUGCUACUAGCAGUUGGAUUCCUCAUGCCUGUUGUUAUGUCUGUCUUGUUUCAGUGUCUUCAGGAGGGCGUACGCUACCUGAUGAGGAUGCUGCAGGUGAGGAACUCUGUGAAGCUCAAUGACGGGGUGGUGUUUCACGACUCUGCUACCGCCAACUUCCUGGCUGAAGGUAAACGUCAUAGGAUCACUAUAUAUUAUACGUGGUCCUCUGUAGCUCAGCUGGUAGAGCACGGCGCUUGUAACGCCAAGGUAGUGGGUUCGAUCCCCGGGACCACCCAUACACAAAAAUGUAUGCACGCAUGACUGUAAGUCGCUUUGGAUAAAAGCGUCUGCUAAAUGGCAUAUUAUUAUGGCUUGCACAAUGUUACACAUUUGUUUUGUUGACAUUAUCAAGACAACUUUUUUCUUCACUUCAUUUAUAUUACAUGCUUGUUUUGUUGACUAUAUUCUUAAUUUCUCAAGGGAUGAGAAAACGCGUCUGAUUUAUUUAUGUUUUUAUUUUGUUUUUCCAACAGGCAUCUUCUCAGACACCCACCUGCUGACGAUGAUGUACAUCGGGGAGAUGUGUUUCUGGGCAGUGAAGUACGAGGACUGCAGCGUUGAUUCCACAGAACGCAAAGAGGACCGGCUCCACUUCCGGGACAUUGGGACACAGGUCCUGCACAAAUACGUGCUGGCCUGUGAGGGCCCUCUUCAGGGCCAGGGUUGGAACACUGAGAAUGCCAAGGAGAUCCUUAGUAUCUUACAGUGAACUGGGGAGGGCACUGGGUACAAGUUGCCCAUAGGCACUGAUAUGGGAUCAGAUGAUCAAACCCCAAAUUGUAAUACUAAGCAUUAAGAGAGAUGGAGGGGGAAUCUGACCUUAAAUCAGUUUCUAGGAGCAACUUCUUCCCGUUCUGAAAGGCUCCGGCCGACGUAGGUGGUGAAGGUUGGGGCAAAGGGAGGUGAAGAAUGAAGGGGCAAGGGUAUGGAGUGAUGUUAAUGAAAUGUUAUUCUCCCCGUCCCCUGCAAGAAGCACUUAUCUUCCAGAUUCCAGACUGUUGGAUGGGCAUGUGUUAUGCUCUGAGAAUGUGGUAGAAUAAUAAUAUCAAUAAUAUCAGAAGAUUAUUAAGCAAAUAUCACAUUGUUACAAAAAAGAAAACAAAGAUUGUUUGAAGAUUAAUGAUAAUCUAGCUGGUAAUGAGACAUCGCACAGCAAUUGUUUUUAUUUAUUUUUAUUUGUUUUGAAUGUUUUUUAAAUUAAUUGCAUUUAUAUAAAUAUAUACGAAAAAAGGUAAGGUGGGGAAUACACAGAGUUGGAGACUGAUGGAUUCAUGACCAUUUUCAAGUAUGUACAGUUUUGUUUAAAAUAUCAGCUUUGUAAUAUGCCAGUUCUUUUUCUCACAUAUGAAACAUCCAUUUUUUCGGCCACACUUUGACAAGGAGUAAUAUCCCAGUGAUGGGAACUUUGAUAUUUUGAUAGUAUGCAUUUAAAUUGAGAAUCUCUGUGUUGGUGUUCAUUUUGAAGAAGAAGAAAAAAGUUUUUCAUUCUUUCAUUUUAUGUCCUCAUUGAAAAUAAAUACUGAAUGUUGG